CUGUACAGUGAGAGUGAUCGAUUUAAGGGCGAAUCGAACGAUAUCAGCGGCGCCGUUUCGUUUGCCGGCUGUUCCGACGCGGAGCGGAACGUUUUGCGUGCACAUAUGUUGGAAAAUAUAACAUUGGAAGGAUAAAACUAUAAAAAUGAUAUGGAAACUACUUUUGAUCACUGCUACGCUGUUGUCAAGAAGCCAUUCACAGCAAUUGAAUAUCGACAAAGACAUACACGUGCGGUCGACUUUAGCAGAUAACACAGUUUCAACAGAUGAUACAAACAGCGACAUCGAUACAGGAAAUAAAAAUAACGAUGAACAUCCAGAUGAUGAAUAUGAUGAAGUCGAAAUACCUGGUCAGGGGAAAGUACGCGGUGUACAUUGGAAACAGGAUCUUGAUAUACUUGGGUUCAUAGAUAUACCUUACGGAAAAAUUGAAAAGCUAUUUCAGGCACCCAUGCCCCCUGUCCCGUGGGACCUUAUUAAUAAUGACGAACACAAUAUAAUGUGUCCGCAAUUAAAAGGGAACUCUGAGAUAAUUACAAAUCUUGACUGUUUGACUCUGAGUAUUUUUAAAACAAUCAACGCUGAAAAUGCGAGCGUUUUAUUUCACAUACACGAUGGGAAUUUUACUUCUGGCAGCGGCAAUCCUUCUCUGUAUGAACCUGAACAUUUAGUAAAUAAAGGAGUUAUAUUAGUUUUACCCAAUUACAGAUUGGGUCCUUUAGGGUUUUUAUGUCUGCAAAACGAAACAGCCCCAGGUAAUGCAGGACUUAAAGAUUUAACUUUUGCUCUGAAUUGGACGAAAGAAAAUAUUGAAUUGUUCGGUGGUAAUCCAUCAAAUAUCGUUGUAAGUGGAGAAGGUACAGCAGGUGCUUUGGCACAAUAUUUAGCAUUAUCGCCAAAAUCUAGAGAUUAUGUAAGUAAAGUAAUAACAGAUAGCGGAUCUGUAUUAUCACACUGGGCGAUAGACAGAAGUCCAACAGAGACGGCAGAAAUAUUUGCAGAAAAAUUAGCAGAACUUGAAGACAUUAAUGAUAUAAAUUUAGAAACAUUGUUCUUAGACACGCGUAAUAUAACUUUCAGACCAUGUGUAGAAAAAAAUGAAGAGGGAUUUAUAACAAACAGUCCAUGGUAUAUAUUAAAUAACGAGAAAAUUUACAAAACAUUUAUGAUUGGUUCUGCUAAUCAUGCCGGUUUACAGGAAGCACUCAACAAUGAUGAACAUACUUUCACUCAGCUUAAUGAGAAUUUUUCAAUGUUUUUACCAAACGAUCUAACAUUUGAUAAAGGACAAACUGAAAAAGACGCCGUAGCAAAUAAAAUCAGGGCACAAUAUUUCGAUAAUGAGACUAUUUCUAGUGAUGGUCUGGAAAAAUUAUCUUUGUACUAUACAGAUGCUAACUACUUAGGCCCUCUAGUGCGCCUUGCAAGGUCGUUAGUCGAAGCAGAAGCAACAGUGUAUCUAUAUGAAUUUUCAUUUGUUGGUACAUUGAAUAGCCAAUUAAUAUCCCUGGGACGUCCCAUUGAUGGAGCAGCGCGUGGAGAUAUUAUUGGAUAUUUAUUUAAGGAGAUAGAUGAUAUAAAAGUAUCAAAGAAUCCCGGGAAGUUAAACAAGAUAAUAAAGAAAGAUAAGAUAAAGAAGGACGACAAAAUUGAGGAUAAAAUAGUGGACAUGGUAACAAAACUAUGGGUGAACUACAUCGAGUCCGGAAUACCUUCCGCAGAAGAGAUUGAAGAGUGGAAAACGCUGAGUCAGACAGAACAAACAGAAGAAGAGUGGCUGUCUUUAGACAUCAACGCAGAGAUGCAGAAGGGUAUUCACGUGGACCGGCUGAGACUAUGGACCGAUAUCUACAAAGCGCACUUUGUGGAACGCAACUUGGCAUUUGUGAUGCAUUCACCUCAUACGUUUCUUAUUGCCGCCACUAUUUCUGCGUUAAGCAUUCUUCCAAUAUUCCUGAUCACCUAAAUGUUGUUAUUUGUACGUAAAGAUAGGACAUUAAUUAAACAACAUCAGCGAGUUUGUAUUUUAGACAAUAGAGAAGUAAGAAAUUAAGCCAUGUAUAUUACCUUAGCACAUAGCGUAAGCGUGAGGUGGUGUUAACCAAAUAAAUGCUUUCUAGUCUU